CAGACAAUGGCAGCACCGCUUGCAAACACCUCCAUAGUCCAUUUAGUAACGAGGAAGAGGCAGGAUCCACAUCGAUUUGUGCCUACUAAAACGUCUUCCGUAUAAUAUAAAUCUCUUCUUUUAACCCCGCAUGCCUUCUUGGAAGCUUGAGCAGGUGACAAGAUGAAUCAAGAAAAAUUGGCCAAACUUCAGGCCCAAGUGCGGAUAGGAGGAAAGGGUACAGCACGUAGAAAGAAGAAGGUGGUACAUAGAACCGCCACAGCAGAUGACAAAAAGCUUCAAAGUUCCUUAAAGAAGUUGGCAGUCAACAACAUUGCAGGGAUUGAAGAGGUCAACAUGAUCAAGGAUGACGGCACAGUGAUCCACUUCAACAACCCCAAGGUGCAGGCGUCGCUGUCUGCCAACACGUUUGCCGUCACAGGCCACGCUGAGACCAAACAGCUGUCAGAGAUGAUGCCAGCUAUCCUCAGCCAGUUGGGGGCCGACAGCAUACGCAACAUGCGCAAACUGGCUGAGACGUUCUCGCGCUGUGCACUUGACAGCAAAACUCUCAAAGAAGAAGGAUUUGUGGAAGAGGAUGAUGAUGAUGUUCCAGAUUUGGUGGAAAACUUUGACGAGGCGUCCAAGAAUGAAGCCAACUGACGACCGCAAUGAGACCAGAAACACUUUGCAAUGCUUUCACUUUUUCUGAUCCACACAUAUCGGACUGGGAUGGGGACGCACAUACAUUCUUGGUCAAAAGUUUUGAGACUCAUUUAUUUGAAUAAUAAAAAGUCUCAAAACCUAGACCGUGGGUGUUCACACAGCAAAGCCUUUUUUUUCCCCCUGCAGAUGUACAAGUGGUAGUCAUUUUAAAAAGUCUUAAUUUGUUGUUUUUAUGCAACACAAUAAAGAUUACAAUUUUUAGAGA